AUGAAGAUCGACCAAUCCCCCAUUGUGGACUUGGAGCUUGCAGUGACUGUACCAGCACAAGACGUUGGCAACAGCAAUGCAUGCCCGACACAAGCACAAGGGCCGGAAGAUUCAGGUCCUGAUGAUCAUCAAUAUCCAAAUCUCUCCAGAAUCCGAGCUUUUCUUCUCGUAACCGUAAUAUCCGUCGCGGCCCUUCUCACCGUCCUCAACUCUCAGUCCAUUGUCAUCAUCCUCCCUGAGCUCGGAAAUGCGAUGCGAAUACCCUCAUCUCGCCAACAACUCGUUGUAUCAAUUUAUAACAUCUCCACAGGCAGCGUUAUGCUCCUUUGGGGUCGUUUAGCAGACGUAUAUGGUCGACGGUUAGGUUUCUUGUCAGGAUCAGUCAUAUUUACUUUAUCAACACUAUGUCUUCCAUGGUCUCGUUAUGAGAUACCGUUCUACGUAUUGAGAGCCGUGCAGGGAAUGUCAGCUGCGGCUAUCAUGCCCUCUGGAAUUGGUAUUAUGGCCUCUACCUUUGCACCCGGUCCUUCUAGAAACAUGGCUUUCAUCGCAAUGUCUGCCAUGGCAUUAUUGGGUUCUGUCGUGGGUAGCCUUCUAGGUGGCUUUGUAGGAUCGACUCUUGGUUGGAAGUGGGUCUUCUGGAUACCAGCUGUUGCAUCUGCCUUUACAACUGCCGCUGGCUGGUUUGUCACAGCUGGUCAUACAACGAGAAUCGCUCCUCAAGGGACAACCGAGAAUGAUGAGAGCAGUAAGAAACCCUAUGUCGACUGGAUCGGGGGAGGUCUCAUAUCAUCCAGCCUGACAUUGCUUCUUGUUGCCAUCACGCAAGGCAAUGUCUCCGGUUGGUCUACGCCGUGGAUACCGCCGCUGUUGGUUGUGUCCGUACUACUUCUAGGGGGCUUCAUCAUCUAUCAGCGCCGGUUGGAGAUAGAUCCAGACCGUAUACCUCUGAUGCGUAUGUCCAUGUUCGCGAAGAAACAGUUUUCUGCACUAUUUGUGCUCGUGGGUUGUUUUUACGCGUCGUUUAAUGGGUUUCUUGUGUUCGUUACAUACUUCUACCAGAAGUACCAAGGACUGGGGGAGUUGCAGACAACACUUCAGUUUCUUCCUGCCGGGAUAUCAGGCUCGCAAGACGAACAAUCUCUUGGUGGUGGUCUUGUUCAAACAGUGAACAAUGUCGGCCGUGCUUUGGCAUUGGCAAUCGCAACGGCUAUACAGACUGCUAUUGCUGGGGAUAUUAAUAAUCAACACGGAUCGGAUAUAUACUUAGACGGAUUGAGAGCUGCACAGUGGUUUAACUUUACACUAGCUGUUACUGGGAUAUUACUAGCUUUAGUUUUCUUUAGAGAUUUAGAUAAGCUAGACUAA